UUUGUUCUUUUCAUCUUUUCUCUGUUUGUUUUCUAGCCAAUUAUACUAACAACAACUUCCAGCCCCACUAAACGUAACAACAGCACCAGCGCCAACCUCCACUAAAUACACAAUAGCAAAAUUUACCAAUUUCAAUUCCCAUAACAACAACUUUAUAAAAACCAAAACAAACAGGAAGAGGACAAACACAAAAGCAAAGCAGCAGCAAACAUGAAUCGCAUCAGUACUGCCGUGUAUCGCCAUUGGAAUGCGUCAUUAGUGAACAUUUCCCAGGCGAAUACUAGCCGGAGUUGUAGACGUACAGCAGUGUCCUUGAUCAACGGCAAACGUGAAAUGUCAACGACAUCGUCGCAAAACGCCGCUACAGCGGAAAAAUGUCUGUCGCUGGACAACAUCAAUCCUCAAUUCAUUGAAUUGGAGUAUGCUGUGCGCGGACCGCUGGUCAUACGUGCUGGCCAAAUUGAAAAGGAGUUGGCGCAGGUAAGUGGUGUCCUGAGUGUCAAAUGAAAUACAUAUACAUAU